AUGUUUCUCUUCUGCAGCAUUGACGGUUCUCGAUUGAGUACAUGGGCUGGGAACAGAAAAGCCAUCAUUGAUGAUGAUGCCAUUCACGUGCUAAUGCAUACUAAAAAAAACGAGCAGGGUUCGCAAGAGAAGGCAAAAAUGGCCAACCCCUUCUGCCGCGGAGCAAUUGGCUCGCAAACCUUUGACCGAAAUCUGCACGGCAUCAUGAGGUUAGCAUCCGCGUCGGGCGUCAAUGAGUACGACAUCGCCAUAUGCGGCUACCGCUAUCUGGACUCUUCCAGCGAAUAUGGCCUAGAAGCACCCCCUGUCAUUCUGUUUGCCCGCCCCCUCCCUUGCCGCCCCCCUGCCGUGGCUAAACAGUCCUUGUUUAUUUGUAACAAGACCAUCCUUUCCCUUCACCUUGAAAACGUGUGUUACACGGCAUGCGACGUGCUGUGUGCCAAGCUUUGGGUUUACUUGGUACCAUGCUCUCCCAAGACCUCCUCCCAAGACCUCCCAAGACUUCCCAAGACGUCCAAACCUCCCAAGACAAGAAAGAUAGCUACGACAUUCAACAUUCGACCCUCGACAUGGGACGGCGCUCCCAUAACGGAAUCCCGCACUAUAGUUAGCCCGGCGGUAUCUGUCAUUGGGGCUGUUUCUUUCUUCCCUGGCAGCGGCCAGCUUCCGCCACCCUGCCUGUUCUCGGACCGGACCAGAAAAUCCAUUUCCCUGGCACCCCAACCACAAUUUGAUAACAGAAGACGGGCUAUUCCCAAUAUUCCACAAGCUUGCCAUGAUGUUGUUGCUCUCUUCCGUCCUCUGCCGAUCUACUCGUACUUUGCAUUUGACCGAUGCCACAGGGUGGUCUGCCGGGGAAGCUUGCCGGAGUGCCGCGCCAGGUUGCUCGCCGGUACCGUGUACAUCCUACUCCGUACUCCGUACAUACACUGCAAAGAGCAACCAAAUAUGGGAAUGCGAAAGCAAGCGGCGCCGGCGGAAUGCCAUUCAAACGAGCAAAGGGUCAUCGACAGGCCGGCGCCUGAUGGCUUCGCUCCGAUUGAUUUGAUUUAUCCCCACUCCCCGAUAUGCAGCGUCGCAUUCAAUCUUUCCUUCUUUCUUGGCACCCUCCAAACUUGGCAGCAAUCGUCUGAUUUCCAGAGCUCCGCAAGCCCCAGCACCUCUUACACCGACACUCAAAGAAGAUUUCUCAUUGCCUCUUUCGGUAACACGACCGGCUCUCGAUACUACGCUUUCGUAAGCUACGCCAUCGCUGGUGAUGGCUUCAUGAAACCGACGCGUUACCUGCUGAAUUGGAUUGCCAACAUACUACUGCACAACCUCGAAACACAAAGGCUCUCCCCUUUCAAUGCACCUCUGGACCCGCUCGUUGACGUGCAACAUGUCCAUUCCAUGGUGAUCGACCGGACCGGGCCUGUUACACAGACUCACAUGCGAAAGCGCAUUGUGGCGUCUUGUAACAAGGUUAAUGAAUGGCUGGGCGACUUGAAUGUUUACACAUAA